GCGAGGGAGCGAGCGAGAGAGAGAGAGCGAGAGAGAGGGUGCCGCUAACCCUGCCCACUUCCACAAAACCAUUCAAACUCCUGCACAGGGAGCACUGCAAGACUCUCCGGAGCUCGGCACAUCCCCAGGGCGCUGCUCGCUCAAACUUUGCGAGGACCAGACAGGAGACCGGCUCUUUGGCCCCUCAGCCCUGCUCAGCCGCACCACGGGGGGCACACCUCCUCCGGCUCCACGUUGCUCCUUCCGCGCCGGGAUUACACUUGUCUCUGAAGUUGCCGAUUAAUUUCAGCCAAACUUUCUGCUCACUCUGCCACUCUCUCCAACGCACACGCGCACACACACACACACGCACACACACGCGCACACACGCACACACCAGCACACGUUUAUUCAUUCGAAGUUAGCAGCACAUCUGUAGUGGUUUUUUUUUUCCUUCUCUCCCUGGUGGAAGGGAGAUCGAGCCGGCGCGUUUCGUUUCGCUCCCUCUUUCGAACCCGCGCUCCUCGCCCGCUCAGGAUGUCCACCUCAGCGCUGCUGCCUGGAAUGUUGUUGCUCAUCUGUGGGAUUUUGGCGGGCCGCUGCUCACCCACACCGACGGGUUCCGCGGCGGGCCAGGGGGCGGCCGAGGGGCCGGCGGCUACGGACUGCCCGUCCUGCGCCCUGGCGAGACUGACCAAGGAGGCGGCCCCUGCCGGCCAGACGGACAUGGUGGAGGCGGUGAAGAGGCACAUCCUCAGCAUGCUGCACCUGAACGCACGGCCCAACAUCACGCAGCCCGUGCCGCGCGCCGCCCUCCUCAACGCCAUCAGGAAGCUACACGUGGGCCGCGUGGGCGAGGACGGCAGCGUGGAGAUCGAGGACGAGGGCCAGAGCCGAGCUGAGAUGGACGAGCUGGCCGAGCAGACCUCCGAAAUCAUCACCUUCGCGGAGCCAGGAGAUUCUCCAGAUGUUGUGACUUUCCAGAUCUCGAAGGAAGGCAGUGAGCUGUCCCUGGUGGAACAGGCCAACGUAUGGCUUUUUCUCAAGUUGGCCAAGACCAACCGCAGCCGCGCCAAGGUAACCAUCCGGCUACUGCAGCGGCGCCAAGGCCCGGACGGCCAGUUCCAGGAGCUGCCCGUGUCGGAGAAGGUGGUGGACACACGGCGCAGCGGUUGGCACACGCUCCCUGUGUCAGGCCCCGUGCAGACCCUUCUGGAACGGGGUGACGGAGUGUUGAGCCUCAAGGUGUCCUGUGCGCAGUGUGCCGAGGCAGGCGCCACAAUCGUGCUGGCGCAGGCCUCUGAACGUGAGCGCGAGCAGUCGCACCGGCCCUUCCUCAUGGUGGUGGUGCGGCAGGCCGGAGACCAGCCGCGGCGGCGCAGCAAGCGGGGUUUGGAGUGCGACGGAAAGAUCCGCAUCUGCUGCAAAAAGCAGUUCCAGGUCAACUUCAAGGAGAUCGGCUGGAACGACUGGAUCAUCGCCCCGUCCGGCUACCACGCCAACUACUGCGAGGGCGACUGCCCCAGCCACGUGGCCAGCAUCACUGGCUCCUCCCUGUCCUUCCAUUCCACGGUGAUCAACCACUACCGCAUGCGUGGCUACAGCUCCUUCAACAACAUCAAAUCCUGCUGCGUGCCCACGAAGCUGAGGGCCAUGUCUAUGCUGUACUACAAUGAAGAGCAGAAGAUCGUGAAGAAAGACAUCCAGAACAUGAUAGUGGAGGAGUGCGGCUGCUCGUAGACAAAAAAAAGAGCGCCAAACACAGACAGUGGCUUCCCCCACGGCACCCUGGGAGCGAGAGGGUGAGGACGACCGUCCACUAGAAAAAAACAGACUCGAAGCUUUUUUUUGAGACUUGUUGACAUAACGCUGAUUUGUUCAGUUGUUAGCAAAUGAGUUUUCUGUAACUCAGAACAGUCUCUGUGGCACUUUCAGAUUAAGAGAAAAAAGAAAAAAGAAGAUACAUAAUAUAUUUUUGUUACAAAAAAAAGACGGUGCGAGAAGGAGAGAGAGUAUUUAUGUGGCCAAGGUGCAGUGUGACUAUCUAGUUGCUCCGCUGCAAUAAAAAGAGAUGCUGACAAGGUGCCUGAAAAAAAAAAAUCUUAACACUAUGCAAUUUGUCAAGUAUUACAGUGUCAUUUCUUUU